UUGGCUAAUCUAUAAUCUAAAACAAAUAUGGCGGAUUCAACUCUCGUCUUUCGUCUUUCAAAAAUUUUAAUUGACGAUAUAUUUUCUUAUUUUGAACAACAGAAUGUUUUCUGUUAGGAUUGUAGAUGCAGAUUUUUACGUGGGAAAACCUAUAGAUGGCUUAGAUAUUUUGUUUUCUAAAUUUCGCGAGGCGAAUGUUAACCGUGUUCCAGUUUUGAGGAUAUUUGGCUCAACUCCUGGUGGACAGAAAACUUGUGUUCAUAUUCAUCAAGUAUUUCCUUACUUAUACAUACCUUACGAUGGAACUAAACCCACAGAUAAAUAUCUGAAACAAUUUACGACAAGUGUAGACUUUGCUGUUCAAGUUGCGUUUGGUAGAACAUCAUCUUCUAUGAAAUAUGUUCAUAAAACUGAAAUUGUUAAGAAAAUACCAUUUUAUGGUUAUCAUGAGAACGAAGAAGAGUUUAUUAAGAUGGAGUUGUACAAUCCAAGAAUAAUUCCCAAACUUGUUGAUCUUCUUCAUAAUGGAGCUAUAUUGAACAAGUCAUUUCAACCACACGAAGCUCAUGUUCCUUAUAUUCUACAGUUUCUAAUUGAUUACAAUCUUUAUGGUAUGAACUUACUUUAUGUAAGAAAAGUUCAUUUUAGAGAAAUUUCUUCAAAAACAGUUGAUAUUCAUCAUUUUAAUGUUUGUUAUUUGUCAUUGUUAAGAAAUUUAUGCCUGGAUCCUACUGUGAAAAAAGUCAGUCGUUGUGAACUUGAAGUUGAUGUAAUUGCUGAAGACAUCUUGAAUCAAAUAAAUGUUGAAAGUAAAAUUUAG